UGUAACACCAAGUUGGUCUUAAAAAUCUAUGCAGUCGUGGACUAAAAAUAAAUUUUAAGUAUGAAAUCGCCGGUCGUCAGGGCACGGCAUCAAUUUCAAGUAAUUUUAUUCCGAAGCCAGACAAUUUGUAGUGAAAUUUUUGUGCUUCAUUUGUCAUAUUCACACCGUGACUGAGCAUUAUCUGACUUUUGGUCUCAAAAUUUAAACCCAAACACAUUGUCAAAAUAUAAAAUACACUUUAUCUGGCCAAAGUAAACCAUGGAACCUGUCAGUCUUGAUGGUCCACCUCGUCCUGAAGGUCACCGUCCUGGAACUCACCGUCUACCAGCACGCCCAGCAAACCCAAGGACUUCGCAACUCAUUCCAUUAGUCGCACUUGUUCCAGAAGCUCUCGACAAAGUCACGACAGUGGUGGGUGGUCCUGUGUGGACAAAUUUUUUGGCAAAUGUCUACGCCCCACCACGACCGAAAAGAGUUGGAAAGCAGUACAAUCAAGUACAACCCUGCCCUGCACCGAGGGCCCCUCUCAUUCCGCUUGCUGCUAAACAAACCUUGGAAGACAUGCUUUUGAAUCGAAACGCGAGCCGAGUUAAUUGCAAAAAUUUGAAAAUUUCAUCAAUUCCAAAUAUUGAUGAAUUGAACAGAAUCACAAAAGGCGGAACAUGUAUGGUCAACAAUUUCAUCGUGACUCAUGAAGAUCUAGGCAAUAUGACUUUCUGUGGAAAUGCUGACGUGUAUGGGAUAGAUUUAGAUAACCUGUGGGAUGCUGACAAGGGCACGGUAAACUUUGAUUUCAACUUUCCCGUCCCCACACGAGUUGUAAACAAGAACAUUUGGCCGAAGGACAGGACUGGUCGAAUUCUCACGGAUAAUCGCGAUACCCGCGUCUUCAAUUACUGGACCUCUGUACAGAGAGCGUGUGAACUAAAGAAGGGGUGCACAUACAUUGGAUAUGAUCACAUUCACGGCGUUGCCCAGUUCAAUAUCGGCGAAAUACAGGACUUUGACAGGGAACAGGAGCCAGCAUAAAUAAUCAUCAUCAUGUCUUCAUCUUAUGGAUGUCACUGGUUAUCGGACUUCGUCACCAUCAAAGAUAAUCGUUGAGCAAUCGCCACAUGCCUGUCUAACCAUUGAAAGCA